AUGGGCAGCUUCGGGGCUCGGCGCCGCUGCAGGCCCCCAUACUCACCUCACGCCGAGGCAGGGCCGAGGUCCGUGGGGCGGAGCGCUGUCACACUGCAUACUGAUGUAGGAGAUAUCAAAAUUGAACUGUUCUGUGAGCGUACACCAAAGACUUGCGAAAAUUUCCUGGCUCUUUGUGCUAGUAACUACUACAAUGGAUGCAUAUUUCACCGGAAUAUAAAGGGCUUCAUGGUUCAGACAGGGGAUCCAUUAG